AUUUCAUCAGCAGCCCCCCUUCUCCCAUUUCUAGUGUGUUGUGAGUGUGUGUGUUGUUGUCGCUUAUAAAAAGGAGAUGGCUUCGCUUCCCCCCCAGCAGAGGUCAACCACGUCGUCCUCUUGUUGAGUUUUUUCAUCCGCUUUUUCCUCAUCGAUUUCGCUUCGAUCUCCCUUUGAAUUCCUUUCAAAUAUCACAGUUUGCUGACAUGAGAAUCGGUGCUCACCUCAAGGCAAACCCACCAUUGGUCCUUCUUGUCGGCGCAGUCGGCGCAGGAUUGGGCGCUGGGGCCUUUAUGGUAACGCAUUUUCUGCGAAAUGACCCCACUGUUGUCCUAACGAACAAGAAGGGCAACCCAUACCCUUGGCUCCACGUUACGCCUGACAAGAACCUCAAAUUGUAUGCUGUGAACCAAAAGUUUGACAAGUUGGAAAGACCCAAGGUUUUCUAAAUCGAUGUGGAGAGAGGUUAUGAUCUCGAAAUUAUACAAAAUGUCAUUGCUCAUUUAGUUGCUCGAAAAUUGCUUGACAAAAUCUUUAAUUUGACAAGAAUAAAGUAGAUGCAAAUCAUUCCA